CCUCUUCACCCCAGCCCGUCCCCAAAUCUCCAAGCGCGAGCGACAACCAGCCCCGCCUCAACCCCCCGGCGCGUCUCCGACUCCAUGGCCCGCACCAAGCAGACGGCGAGGAAGUCCACCGGCGGCAAGGCGCCGCGGAAGCAGCUGGCGACCAAGGCCGCCCGCAAGUCCGCCCCGGCCACCGGCGGCGUCAAGAAGCCCCACCGCUUCCGCCCCGGCACCGUCGCGCUCCGCGAGAUCCGCAAGUACCAGAAGAGCACGGAGCUGCUCAUCCGCAAGCUCCCCUUCCAGCGCCUCGUCCGCGAGAUCGCCCAGGACUUCAAGACCGACCUCCGCUUCCAGUCCUCCGCCGUCUCCGCCCUGCAGGAGGCCGCCGAGGCCUACCUCGUCGGCCUCUUCGAGGACACCAACCUCUGCGCCAUCCACGCCAAAUCGGCAGCCAUGUCCGGGCGUGGCAAGGGAGGCAAGGGGCUCGGCAAGGGCGGCGCCAAGCGCCACAGGAAGGUUUUGCGCGACAACAUCCAGGGCAUCACCAAGCCGGCGAUCCGGCGGCUGGCGCGGAGGGGCGGCGUGAAGCGCAUCUCGGGGCUCAUCUACGAGGAGACCCGCGGCGUGCUCAAGAUCUUCCUCGAGAACGUCAUCCGCGACGCCGUCACCUACACCGAGCACGCCCGCCGCAAGACCGUCACCGCCAUGGACGUCGUCUACGCGCUCAAGCGCCAGGGGCGCACCCUCUACGGCUUCGGCGGCUAGGCCCGGCCGACGGUCGCAUGUCUCUCUCGCCGCCUGCAGAUUCGAAAAGCUUGAUGGAACCCCGACCUGUCUAGUUCGCUGUUUCCUGUGUAGCUCGCAUGUGUUUGUUGGAAAUCAAACUUCUCUCUGCA